GGCCGACAGCAAGAAGUUCGUCAGUUAACUUCCGGCCCUUCGGUGCACGUUUUCCUUCCGCCGUUUUGUGAAACGAAAUUCAUACGAGCGACUUAGACGGCGUGUAGGAAACAAAGACAAAAUGAGCAAAGCACACCCGCCAGAAUUAAAGAAGUUCAUGGAUAAGAAGCUUUCGUUGAAGCUGAAUGGAGGCAGACAUGUGCAGGGCAUCCUCCGAGGGUUUGACCCCUUUAUGAACCUGGUGGUGGAUGACACUCUGGAGAUGGGCCCCGGAGGACAACAGAACAGUAUCGGCAUGGUGGUCAUCAGGGGAAACAGUAUCAUCAUGUUGGAAGCCCUGGAGAGAGUAUGAGAGAAGAGGAGAUGGCUGCACAUGGAGAAGAGGAUGAUCCACAUUUUUUAUAUGUUCUGUUAUCUCUUUGAGUUUUUUUAUUUGAAAGUGACAGAUUAAUUUUUUGUCUGUGAAUUAUAACACAUCUUAUGUCUUCAUCUGAUUUCCAGUGACAUGUUUUGUUUGGACAUGUCUUGAAUUGUGUGCUCCUGUGAAUAAAUCUUUUUCUCUUUGUA